AAACAAACCAAAGUGUCAAAUUUAAGAACUAAAAAAAUUAGUUAAGUGAUUCCUCCUACUUCUUUUAAGGAUAUAAUAGAGCAUGCCCUUAAUAGUCAAGCAAAACCUAUUUGUUCUGAUUUUGUGUUUGAUUGGAUUAUUGGACCGUUUAACUCCAUCACAUGGGUCGAUACAGGCAGUAACUGAUGACAAGAGCACUUUGAAGUGUGCUCUUUGCAAUGAAAUUGUUGAUGAAAUUUUCAAAGGCUUUAACAAUGGGAUGACUGACAGAGAAAUUUCCUUUCUGAUUGGCCAAAGAUGUGAAACCCUCAACAUCUUCAAUUUUAAACUCUGCAAUGGCACAGCCUCAAUUAUCAUGCCAACUAUUAGGUAUAUGCAUACCAAUCAAUUGCUCAUCCAGGGCAACCUUUGUGGUAUUUAUCUGCAAGCUGACAAUUGCUCCUUGUCAGAUCCAGACAAUUUAGAGUGGAACAUCACCUCUAGUUCUGUCUCCAAGCCACCAAUCACGCCAUUUGUUCUACCAUCUGUAGAAUCUCCUACGAUCAAAGUGCUACAUUUAGCGGAUCUUCAUUGGGAUCCGGAUUAUGUUGUAGGAUCGAAUGCGGUAUGCAAAGAACUUGUCUGUUGUCGGGCUGAUUCGGGAGACCUUUUGAACCAGACAGACGCUGCCGGAUACUGGGGAGAUUAUCGAAGCUGCGAUUUGCCAUGGUACACCAUAGAGAAAGCAGUGGCCCACAUGGCUGAGAAGCACUCGGACGCCGCUUACAUCAUAUGGACAGGUGACUUGGCUCCGCACAAUGUCUGGUCGACAAACAAAGAAGAAAACAUUUACGUUAUAGAGCGCUUAAUGAAUUUGAUUCAGCAAUAUUUUCCAAAAACGCCCGUGUAUGCGACUCUGGGAAAUCAUGAAGCCCAUCCAUCUGACACUUUUGCGCCGCCGGAGAUAACAGACGAAGAAUUUAACACUGCCUGGUUAUAUGACGUUGCUGCUCGACAGUGGGCCCGAUGGCUUCCGGCGGAAGUCGCUUCCACCAUCCGUUACGGAGGUUAUUACACAGCCGUGAUCCUGCCGGGGCUUCGCGUGAUCUCACUAAACACAAACUACUGUUACACGGGCAACUGGUGGACAUUGUCCAAGUCGCAAGAUCCUGCUUCCAGCCUCCUUUGGCUGAAUAAGGUCCUAGAAGAUGCCGAACGAGCCGGUGAAAAAGUUCACAUUUUGAGUCAUAUCCCGCCUGGUAACGGUGAUUGCUGGACGAUUUUCAGCCGAGAAUUUUCAAAAAUCAUCAACCGCUUUGAAUCGACAGUGGCCGCUCAAUUUUACGGACACACCCACAAAGAUGAAUUCAAAAUCUUUUACGAUCUCGUUGAUAGAAAUCGGCCUACAAAUGUCGCCUUCAUCGGGCCCAGUCUCACGCCAUUUACUGAACUCAAUCCUGGAUAUCGAGUCUACACGAUUGACGGUAGUCGUCCUGGUUCCACUUGGGCUGUGCUGGACUUUGCCACUUGGGCUAUGAACUUGACUGCAGCCAAUCUUCUCGGUCCAAGUGUUGAUCCUGUCUGGUUCGAGCUCUACCAAAUGAAACAAGAAUACCAGCUCAAUGACUUGAGUCCAAACGGAAUGAGCGUUUUCUUCCGGCGGAUGUUGGUCGACGAUGCCCUCUUUCAGCGAUAUUUCCAGAACUAUUAUAGGAAUUCGGACAGGAGAGUGCCGCAAGGUUGCGAUGAUGAUUGCCGGUUGAGGCUGCUUUGCUUCACCGUCACAACGGAUAUCGCCGACCAAAGUCGCUGUGUGCAAAUUGCGAAGCAAAUACUAAAGCAUGACGAAUUUUAACAAAAUAAGACAUUGUGCAAUUGAGAUAUUUCUGAAAAACUUGCCAUGUUUGGAUUGCCCGUUUGAAUUGGACCACUCUAAAGAUUACGCAGCAGGUUCAUUCUGGCUAUGUCGGCUAUACUGCCUUGAAGAAAAAACAUUUUCUUAAGAAAAUAGAUUUGUUUUGUGUGUGUGUUUUUCAUUAAUUCUUUUCCUUGAUAGACGCCCUUCGACGUAUAUGGUCAAAAUACUCAUAGUAAUUGGCAUUUUAUAAGAUUGGCCCAUAGCAAGAUAUAGUUGGAAAUUUGGGUUUUUUGGCUUUCACUUUCAAUUUAACUUUUGCCGAGUAAACCCAAAAAUGGCCAUACAAUGUUGUAUUCCUUUUUACAUUUACCGACUGUCCGAAUUCAUGUCAUCUAGAUACAUAUCUCCAGUUAUUUCCCGCCUGGUAUGCUAAUUGAUGGACGAUCUUUAGUCGGGAAUUCUUUAAAAAUAUAAUAAGAAUUAUAACAUUAAAAAGAGAAAUAAAACAUUUUCUAUGAAGCAGCUGCUGACGUCACUCGGUCUGGUAAUGUUUGGCCUUCAUUGCACUUACUCUUGUCACCAUUUUAUACAACCUAAAUCCGGGGGUACGUUAACUGACAUCAUCGAUGGUCAACGGUUUGAUUCAAGUUGGUGUUAUUGUUGAAAGUUUCAGUGACGUAUUUCUGAUAUCGUCAUAACGUAUGUUUUACAAUUUAGGCCGUACUAGAUUUCUCACACAUGCCCAUGCUAGACGCAAACUUUAGAAGGUUCAGAAGUCGACCCGAGUGCUGCAUGAAUGACAACGCUCUUUCCCCAGGUCUAUUUUGAGCAAACCAACGAAAAUCAAUCAGUAAUGCAUUUGAAUUUGGCGCUAUCACUUUCUGAGUCAUUGGUAAGGAAAUAACACACCCUCAGGACUACUAGGAGAAAUGAGUUAUAUACACAACUGAUUUGAACAAUUGCAAUAAGGGAAGUUCAGACGUGCGGAAUUUCACUUAGGAAACAAACCUAUAAUGCUAACCACGUCCUUCUCGGGAAUGUAUAUAUGUACUAUUCGAUCAAUGAAGCAAUCAAAACCGCACUGAUUGAAAUAAGUAUAUUUUUACAUCAAGGUUAUUCAGGUAUCCUUGUAGUUCAAAAUUAGAGCUUAAGAACCAUAAGGCAGGAUAACUAUAAUACAUUAUCGAAUUAGUCGUAUAUAGUUGGCGUAUACUUGGUUUUGUUACACUUGUGUCGAGGUAAAUUUCCGGGGAAAACCAACAAUUAUAUGCCAUUAAUACAGCGUUGAUAUUCAAUGCUGUGUGGCGCUUUAAAUAGCUUUAUAUGUGUUUUAAUAGCUUUGAUGUAAUUUCUCGCCUACUGGACCGUGUCGCUGUAGCAGAUGGGAUCAUAGUUUUUACACGUUGUACAACACAGAUGUGGUUUGUUAAUCUGCAGAGUUUUCUAUUUGAUUUUUUCUCAUGCAAUAUUACAAUUCGUAAUUGUAGCGCUCCCGUUCCGACGACGCGCUUUCCCCCACGUUCUCUUUGUUUGUUUGUUUAUUUUUCACACACGUGAAACCGGGAAUUGGAGCGUGAUGGAUAAGAAACUGGUAUAAAAACCCAAGUAGAAGGAUAGUACUGACAUCAGUCGACAUUCAGCGGACCAAUCAAAAACAUUCCUCCGGUUUUAGCUCAAAGGACGAAUUCGUUAUACCCCUUCGUGCAGAAUGGAAAUCACCGUCAAAGUCGUAUUGGUGAAAACGCCUUAAAAUAUUCCCGUGUCCUUUUUGAUUGUGUUGUGUGUCCUCCUCCUCGUGAAAAGACGUGACGACACCUUUAAGAACCGAGCGACGCGAUAUAACAAGGAAUGGCGACUCUACGGAUACGGGCAUGGCGAUUAAUAUCUUCUUAUACAAAAUAUGAGGAAACUUCUUCUACUUUGGACAAGUUGGCGCCUCUGCAAUAACAAGACGUUUAUCUCUUUUUAUUUUUCAAUUGGUUUGGAAUAUGCCUGAUUUGCUUUGUAUUUCGCUUGAUAUUAUCUUUUUUUGGCAAAGCAACUGUAAAUGAAUCAAUUUAAAAAAAGAAAAUCAA